CAUGACGCAGCACGCAGUCUCAGUCCCUCCUGGGGCCCCGCCCAGGUACGGGCGUUAGUGGGUCGCCCACCCACAAUCCCCGCCGCGGCUGCUUGCCUACCGGAGUGUGCGCCAGUACCUGCCGCCGGGAACAUGUUGCAAAAACCGAGGAACCGGGGCCGCUCUAGCGGCCAGACCGAGAGGGACAGAGACUGGAGCCAUGGCCGAAACUCUGGGGCCUCGCGGGCCGGCGAAGACGCCCGGGCCCCCAGAGACUGCUUUGCCGAGGAGGCCCCAAGCACGUCCCGCGGGCCGGGCGGCUCGCAGGGGUCGCAGGGCCCCUCGCCUCAGGGCGCCCGCCGUUCCCAGGCCGCCCCCGCCGUGGAGCCCAUGACCCAGAAGCAGCUGGAGCUGAAAGUGUCCGAGCUGGUGCAGUUCUUGCUGAUUAAAGACCAGAAGAAGAUUCCGAUCAAGCGGGCCGACAUAGUGAAGCACGUCAUCGGGGACUACAAGGGCAUCGUCUUCCCCGACCUCCUCAAACGGGCCGCCGAGCGCCUCCAGUACGUCUUCGGAUAUAAGCUGGUGGAACUUGAACCCAAGAGCAACACUUACAUCCUCAUCAACACCCUGGAGCCUGUGGAGGAGGAUGCCGAGAUGAGGGGUGACCAAGGCACGCCCAUUACGGGCCUUCUGAUGAUCGUCUUAGGGCUCGUCUUUAUGAAGGGCAACACCAUCAAGGAGACUGAAGUGUGGGACUUUCUGCGGCGCUUAGGGGUCUACCCCACCAAGAAGCAUUUAAUUUUCGGAGAUCCAAAGAAACUCAUUACUGAGGACUUUGUGCGACAGCGUUACCUGGAAUACCGGCGGAUACCCCACACUGACCCCGUGGACUACGAAUUCCAGUGGGGCCCGCGAACCAACCUGGAAACCAGCAAGAUGAAAGUUCUUAAGUUUGUGGCCAAGGUCCAUAAUCAAGACCCCAAGGACUGGCCUGCGCAGUACUGUGAGGCUUUGGCAGAUGAGGAGAACAGGGCCAGACCUCAGCCUAGUGGCCCAGCCCCAUCCUCUUGAAAGGGGGAUUCAGAAGGACCCCCGGGACAAGGGUCUGAGACCCAGAGGCACAGUGCAGAGGAAUGGGGGAAGGAAGAACGAACCCAGGGAGCAUAUUGAUGUAACGCUUCAAUGUGUGUAGCUUCAGGAUGUGUUUGCAAAGCUUUGUUUUUUUAAUGUUGUGUUAUUUGGUUCCAGAUUUUCAUCUAUAAACAAAGGAGCAUUUGUUUUGAUUUUACUCUUUUUGGUAUAAAAAAUUUUGCUAGCUUAGUAAAAUGAAUUGGAAAACUUGACUAUGAUCUGGAACAGAUAAUGCAAAAAGGAACACAUAAGUAAGUUGCUUUGAUGCCAAGAAAAUUAAAAAGUAGCUAUUAUCAGGUCUCCUAACUAUUCCAGUUUGUAAGGAAAAAUAAAAGUCUUUAUAAAAUUUGAAAAAACGUAAUUGCCUAUAUCCUUAUUAUGUUAACCUGUUUUAUUUUUCUAUAUUUCCUACAUAUAUAAGUAGUAUGCAUGGUUCCAAGCAAUAAAUGUAAUGUAUUUUCUCAAAACAGCAAUUGUUUAUAUUCAUAAUUACUCAGCUCUGUUGCUAAACACGUAGUUCCACUUAGUUUUUUUCUUCUUGCUACUCUAGUUAUUUCAAUAAAUACUGUAUUUUUGAAGCACUUAA